ACUUGUUUUACAAAAUAUACGAGAGCUUACAUUAAAGAAGAAGCGGAUAAUGUAUGAAACUAUAACUUCAGUAAUGUAAGUUUGAUAGUUUAAUCAGAUUAGAAAAUUCUCUGUGAGUGCGCACAUUAUUUAUGAGAUAAACGUCAACCGAGCGUGUACGUAAGAGAUGAGAUUAAAGACAAAGCUAACACUUCCAAUUUCUUCUAGAUACUAUCGUCGUAAGUUAUAGUUUUCUGAAAGGUUGGAUAUAUUGUUGAACACGGAAAACCGCUGAUUACCAGUUCUUAUUAUGUAUAGAAAUAUCUCAUAAAACAAAGAAUCUUAAUAAUAAAAGUAUAUGACAAAAUCAUUUUUAAUAUUUUGUAUAAAUUUAAAAACUUUAAAUUUAUAAACCUUGAUAACGUAACUCAAUUUUACUUUAUAAUUGAAUAUCAUAACUUGUGCCUUUAAUUAGUAAUAGUUAAAUGUAAAAUAUGUUAUAUUGAAAUACAUGAACUUAUAAUAAAGAAACUUUAAUAUAGUAUUGAAAUAAUACGUAUAUUAUAAAAAACAUAAAUAACAAUAUCGUAUAAAUUCAUUAUUAAUAUUACAUUACGUCAAGAAAUAUUGACAAUAUAGUAUGAUAUCAUAUUAUUAAUAUUGUAAACGUCUAGUAUAAAUCAAUGUUAAAACAAAAUGUGUAUAAAACAACGUAACAAAAUAAACUAUUGUUUAAUUAAUGUACAAUAAAUAUAAAAUGUAUUCGGAAUAAAAAAUGUAUUUGAAAGUUUUAACUCUCUAUGAUGACGAUACACUAAUAGUCGUUUUAACAAUGUGGUGGAAACUCGAUCCGCAGAAAUCGGUGAAUAAAGAGAGGUUGGAAAAAAUUCCGAUGGACGGUAUGUCGUUGGACAAUUAAUUUCAGCGCGUACCGCAACUAGUUACCUUCACCGCUCUUUUAUGCCGCACAGACUUUUGGGCGAAACAAUUUUGUUUGCGGGUCUCUCGUUAUUCCGAGGUUUUUGCGGCAGCAACAGCGUCAGGGAUAGAUGGUAUUGCCAACAGACAAGCAAAGCCAGACUAUGAGGGGCGGUACUUUUCCGCUGAAUUAUUGAUGACAACGUAAUAGAUCUCAAUGGAAUAAGACCCGUGUGUGUGUACGUUGUGUGUAUCUACACAUAUCUUUAUAAUUGUUAAAUAAUCACAAUUAAUUUAGAAUUUUAUAAAAAUAAUUUCUUAAGGUUUCAUGAAAAAUGUUACUUGCUUUUUUCAAGUGUUAGAAAUUGAUCAAUUUUACUAAUUAUGUUUAUUAAAAAAUAAAUAACAAAAUAAAAAUACAAACACACACAGUUCUGAUUUAAACAAUAAUUUUAUUAUCGAUAAACUUUACAUGGUUGAGCAUAUAAUCAAUAAUUUUUUUCCUUCAUUAACUAAUUUUAUGAAGAUGUAAGAAAUAAUUAUGAUAUUUCUGCUGAAAGACAGGUUGUAUAUAGUAAAGAACAACUUGUUUUCCCAUAUUAAAGCCGCUACACGAUCCGAUCACAUUGCGAUAAUUAAUCAGUACGAUUGAAGAUUACAUCAAUCUACAGUUAUUAUGUCGCGUUGCGUAAGAAGUAUUUCUCAUGCGUACAUACGAUGCAACACUUGAUAGGCAUCCUUCAUGACUCAAUGAAUGUGUAUUACUGAUUCUUGAUCAAUCCUUAAAUUAAGUGUCUGCAAAUAUCUUAAAUAAGAAUAAAAGUCGUAAUGAAUCUCAAGUGUCGCGUGUACAUCAGUCAGCGUUCAGUUCUUUGCCAACAUCAAUUUGAAUCUGCUAAAACAAAUGUUCUCCACAGUCAUAAAAUACAUAGGCCGUUUACCAUAAGUUUCACUUGCAUUUUUAUGCAAACCAUAGUAUGAAUUUUUAAUGCAUCUUUUUGAUCUCCGUCAAACCAGCAGACACGCAGUCGGCAAUUCAUAUUGGUUCUUAUUGUCGAGUGUAAGGUGAAAUAUUCGAUUGACCAAUCUUUCCGAACUGUUUUCUGUGAGCGGAAGGAUUUACAACCGGUUUUACACGACGGAUACGUUGUAGUCAAGCCGGAGAUCGGGGGAUACACGUGCGACAGCGCAUCUUCGGCUUCUCGCGACGAGGCAAGGCUAGCCUACUUUCUCUACAAAGAGAAUUUUUUAAGCGACGUAUGAGGAGGGCUGUCUCUUCUCGCGCUCUUCCCCACAUCAUCUCUCUGUACGCCCUCUCACUCUAUCUCUCUCUCUCUUUUUCUCUGCUCCUCUCUCUUGUCUCCGUACCCUUAGGCGCACUCACUCUCUCCUCUUCCCGGGUCGCCUUUCCACGAUUCACCCGGCAACUUCAGUCGACAACUCUUCCAACUGGUAGUCUUCUCGGAGUCUAUAUAAGCGGAGUCUUCAUACGAGACUGGACAUUUUUUGUGUUAAUACUGGCGAGUCGUGGUGCUCGCUUGUCAAAGAGGCUACGGCCCGACGAAUGCCAGUAUGGUGCGCGCGACGUGUGAUAUGAAAAACCACCGUUAAAUCGUAUACGACAAGCUCCGGUUAGGCGUGAUUUCCCUUAAAGUGCGGUGGCGAAAAGCAAAGGGAACACUUCAAGAAUAAGGAGAGUCACGUAGUGUCGGAUAAUCUGUGUGUAGUGCCGAGAUUGCGGCUUACGUGCGUGUGUCAUGGUUAAAUUCAAGAUGCUAUUCGCGCUGUUCUGCAUCCUGUUAAUUGGACAUCACGUGCAAGCGGUAGUCAACAAGGCGACUUCGCAAGUACCGUUAAGCAAGGAAGAAGAGAAGUCCAAGGUUAAAGCCCAUGACAGAAUAAGUAAUACUUUCGAUUCACCAUCCGACGAGUAUGGGCCACCGUUGGGAUCUGGUUUUAACGGACCAGCGCCGGUAUAUGGGCCUCCGGAAUUAGUCGGCAAUGUUGGACCGACGCCUAUUUAUCCACCGCCACCGCCGGAAUUGCCGCCGCCCGUAUUCGGAUCGUUGGCCAUCGGCUACGGACCACCACGAAAUAUCAAACCGCAAUAUGGGCCGCCAAAACAAAGUUUCGGCUUAGCAACGUCUUCCUUUCUUUCUAAGCCUAUUUACGGCCCGCCGAAACUUCAUUACGGAUUGCCGAAACAACAUUUUAUGCCGCCGUUGGCUUCAUUCCCACCGUUCAGAUCACCGAAACCUCAGUACGGUCCACCAUUGAAGUUCGUCGGUACAUCGAGUCAGCAAUAUAUACCGCCUAAGCCAGGUCACGGACCACCUAUCCCUAUAUCGCUCGAGACUUACGGUCCACCGCCUCCGAAAUUAGCUAUUCAGUUUAAUCCUCUACCCAAUGACGAGUACGGUCCGCCGCCGCCGCCCGUAUCUGUGCCGCAACCGCAAUACGGUCCACCAGCUGGUGAUUUAUACGGACCUCCACCGCCAGCACCUCCGCCAGGAGUUCCAGCGCCACCCACACCCCCUGACAUAAAGUACGAUGGAUGGCAGCCCAUCGCGGGAUUGGCCACCACCCCUAAUCAAAGUGGUCCUCCGACAGAUACGUAUGGCGCUCCCCUCGAUGCGAAGCAUAAUUAUGUCGAAAGUUCGUCGGGAUUACAAUUGUCUCAUGCUUCAUUGAGCGCCUCGAUGGAUGCGAAUGUGCCCAGCGAUUCUUACGGCGUGCCGUUACAAAAUCCUGAAGAUCAAAAUUUGAAGACGUCCGUGCACGAGUCCUCGGCUUCUUCGGAGAGUAAUGGAUUACCGCCGCCGCUGUUGCCGCAGAACGAACCAUUGCACAACAAUCAAGGUCCGGGUGUUAUCACUACGACCGGUCAAUCGACCGAUCACCAACAAUUCGGUCGACAACAAUUAAACAUGCACGAAACGCCAAAUAUCGAACCUUUGUCCAUCGUAAAGACAGUAGGAUUUGAACUGUUGCCUGCAACUGGCGCUUUGAAUCCGGAUCUCUCAUUAUCAGGUGGUACUUCUGACGUUUCAUCAUUCAAUCAAGUCUCGAAUUCGAUUACCAAUUCUGCUCCGCUUCAUUCGGGUCUAGAAUUGACAUCAAACAAUGGCGCGUCUCAAGCAGAUGCUCUAAAUAGUGGCGGAGAUUCUCACGGAUUUCAGAAUGUAGGGAACGAUCUGUCCUUGCAGCAACUUCCGCAGCAAGCGCCGUCAAAUGAUUACGGCCCGCCUUUAACUGCUGAUAUAUCAGGAGCAUCAUUACUUUCUCCUCCACCUUUAAAUUCUUAUGGUGCACCACCUCUCUCUUCUUACUCGCCUAACGGACCUUAUCCCGCGGCGCAUGGAGGACGCGGUCCGUUGUUUUCAUCAUUCGGAACGUUCGGAAGCCCUUUCCAUAAGCAGAAUCUGCAUUCUCAUAGGCUUCUUGGUCCAAUCAGACCACCGUCAAUUCCUGUUGGCUCUUUCAUACCACCGCGAAAUCGGGAACCGAUUAAAUUCCGAGAGCCAAUACCAACGGGACUCUUAUCGAAUAUUAAUCGAUAUUUGCCACCGUCUGCAAAACAGCAGUUACCGAAUCUCCACGUGCCAGUAUCUUUCCGCCAUACAUCGGGAUCGAGCAAUUUAUUUUCGGGCUCUUUUGCGUCGCCUGGCUUAUUUAAUGUACACAACUUGAAUUCUCCAAUUGCCGCGCCUCACGUUCAAUACGGAACUCCAUUAUCGUUCAACGAUUUCAACACACCAGCACCACACUUAACUUACGGAGCACCUAAUUUUGGCCCGCCGACUUCUUUUGUUUCAACGUCUUCCGGAUUUGGCAGUAAUCUUUACAGCGGAAUCAGUAAUACGCUGACAACAACGUACGGCACACCUGUAGUAAACGCGCCAUUAUCAAACGGCGGCAGUUACGAUUGCAAUUCCUUGCAGCCACUCUUGCCCGUGAACGGAGGGUUGCCUUCAAGAGGACUGCCCGCAAUUGGAGAGCUACCUUUAAGCGGUAGUUUACCUUCAGGUGGAGAAUUGCAUUCCGGCGGAGAGCUACAUUCGAGUGGAGGCUUAUCUUCAGGUGCUGAAGUGCUCUCGAACGAGGGGCUAUCGUUAGAUAGUGGAUUAUCCGCGCAUUCUAGCGGCAAGCUGCAACACGGUUUUGAAAAUGCAGGAACUUCCGCUGGAAACAUAGCAGACAAUCACAAUCCAGUUUUUACAGGAAACGAUAUAUCCGAUGUUAACAAUCAAAAUUCCAUUUUUGUAGAUAACAUAUUGCCACUUACAAAACCACUCGAUAACUUUUUAGGAGGGCCUCCGGUGAACACACUGGAUUUACAACAUAACGAACAACCGACGAUAAAUUUGAAAGACAGCUACGGUAAUCCCGUAGGACUGACUUACGAUUCGUCCGACGAAGCGAGUGAUGCUAAAGCUAUUCACGCAUCUGCCUCGGACGUUUCAAACGAGCUCUCCGCGCAGUCUAGUCCGUCUCGCAAUGUUUAUCCCGCGGCAGCAUCGUUCGAACGUGGCUCAGGAAUUUCGGCCGAAGCGUUGACAGCAAGUUUGACCGCUCAGGGUUUCAGCCAAGAAAAGAAUAUUGGAUCAAAUGAAGUUGACGCUAGUCAAUUUCUAAAAUCGAGUGAGGGCAGCGAGGCAUUGUCUCUAGCUCAGAAAUUGACCGCUGAAAAUGCCGAUGACUUCGAGAUUCAAGGUUCUAAAGGCACUUAUAGAUUGCAGAUACAACCAGCGGAUGGAGGACUAGGCACCGAGAAUUCGGAUGGCAGCAUAAGGCAUGAUCAGGUUUUGUCCAAUGGUCUUCUUCAGGACAUACUAGCUGCCAUAGAGCAGCCGGAAAACGGUGUUAUACAAAUACAAGGUUUACCGCAGGCGCAACAGUUGAAUAAAGUUUUCGGUCCUGAUCUGCCACAAGAAAUUGGUGUUACCAAUGGUCAUUUUAUCACCGUAGACAAUCAAGCGCAAAAUAACAAAUUGCAAAAUCGAGUCGAAAAAGUAAGCGAUAGAGAUGAGGGUAAAAAUUAUUUACCAAGCCCAUCAUCAGUGGCUUUGUUCUUUGAUACUAAAUAUGGCGAAUCGAGAAAAGAGAUUAGGUCGGUGUUGAAAAACGAGACACAAGCCACGAGGGAAAAUAAGCAAGACAACAAUAAAACAAAAUCCUCAUAAAUUAAUUCAUAAGUGCCUUUGUGAAAAUAUUUUAUAGUAUUCUUAAUAUAGCCUCAAUCGCUCUGAGAUUCUCUUUGCAGAGACUUAUCGAUUUCCAUUUCUGAGAGAGAAGAUACCGCUGCUAACGUGAUGCCAUUUAUUUUCUUUGCUUGUGAUUAAUUAAGAAAAUAUCUCGGCAAAAUGUCGACCUUUCAUAUUAAAACUGUGUUGCUAUAUUUGCGACACAAUUUCAAAUGUUUCUUGCAUAUUCGAAUAAGAACAUGUAACGUUCUAACUCUACCAGUUCUUCGUUUUUUUUUUUUUUAUAUAACCACAAGCAUGAACGAUCUUUCUAUGCAUCAAUAUAUUAAGAUUUCUAUUCCCAUAAAAGUUGAGAUAAAUUGACGUUUUGCAAUUCAAUGAAGCUCUCUAGUAACUUGUCUGAUUACUUUAUUUCUAAAAAAUUGUUGGAGCAAAGACAUGAGAUUGCGUAAUUUUUGAUAGCAGGAGACGCGCUGAGAAACUGAAAUUAGAAGGCAUGAUGAUAUGCACGAGCAUGAAACGAGAGUUUAUGCAAUCUUUUUUAUUUUACUUUCACACAAGCAAGCGAAAGUGAUAAUUACUUGUUGGACAGUACCGAUAAUACUUAUUAAACGAAUUAUCUGUUUACUUAAGAAUUUCUCGCCUAUCACUAGGAUUACCGGGACGAUUGUAGAAGACGCUGGUAUUUUAUCGCAAGAAGAUUUAUAAGUGCUCACAUUUUUUAUUAGGUCAAACGUUUGCUAAGAUUUGAUCAGGGAUCCAAACGAUUCUUCCGACUUUUCCGUGUCCUCGCGUCAGCGGCUUAUCUUAUCCUUCUCCGUGAAAAUCUCGUUGACUCGAUAGUUGUUUCGAGUACGAAGAAAAUUUAUUUAAUAUUGAACGAGAUUUUUGCCGGAAUACUGAUAAAUCGAUGUCACCACCUUCGGUAAGUUUCGAAAGAGGUGGCAAUGUCUGGCAUUCGCUGCUCUCGCACAAUGCAUGAAAACGUUAAGCGCGGUACGAGGCGCACUACGCGACGUUUAUUAACACCUAUGUAGGUCAAUAGGUUACGGCACCGCUCUCGCGAAGUCUUCGUAUGGCUAGCGAUGCAUACGGUGUACCCCGCGUAAAGUCACUUGAUCGGUGGAGAUUGAUCGGCGAUCAAGUAUCUUUCGCGGUUUUAGCCUUCACCGAGGUGAAAGUUCAGAACCUCAUUUAACGACCCGGCGAAACAGCGCCAGGUUCGCAUGAGAAUCUCGUCCCGAGUGAAAACGCAUUGCUCGUCCCUGCAGGCGCGUGCAAGCUUGGUUUUACAUGCCUUUGUGACGAUAACCGGUGGAUGCGGAUGCCUAUUACCGUCUAGUCCGCUGUUAGGUGCGUGCGAAGAAAUACACACACACGCCGUACGCGUGCUUGGGGCCGUGCACGGCGGAAACGCGGAGCAACCUCUAAACGUCGAUUACCAUCGGGCACGAGAGAACGCAAGCGAUGUACGUACGUUACUUCCUUCCGCCGCUCGCACUAUUAACGACUUUUACGCGACUCAGGAUUCGCAGUUCUGCCCGUAAGUUGAAAAUGAGCGCCUGUCGUGAAAGCGCACCCGUUAAAAUCCCGAGUAUGGCAUAAUCUUAAAGUUCUUGCAUUUUUAUGCCCUUUCGCCUGACAAACGGUUAUGCAUAACUUGGUGUAUUGCAGAUACGUAAAAUAAGUAGAGCGUAUAGUUUUAAGAGACGCUCAUUGUUACAAAGUACGCAGUGACGAUACUGCCAAGCCAUAAAACACAUCUACUUGCUCCUAACCCAUAUCCACCUUUUUAGGAUUUUAAUUUAUAUGCCUUUUAUUAGGACAUUAAUUUAUAUUUUAUAUAUGCAAAGUUUAUAUCCGAUGAGCAAUUAAUGCGAUCACUCGCCGGAUAUAAGCGAUUAUUAGCCUGUAUUCUUAAUAUAUUCUCCUCGUGUAAAUAUAUGAAUACUUUGUAAUUAAAGCUUAAUUAUUAUUUCUGUUCCUUCCCUCAUCCUAUUUUAAUCUAUUAUAUGUGCAAUCAAUUUGACAACGUAAAUGUUUCCAAGUAUUCCAUCAUCAGUAAUCAGAACAAAAAAUUUUACUAAUUGACCGAUCAAAUGUUUCAUGUCAACUAAAUAGAAUAAUGAACGUGACAAUGAAAAAUGUAAUUACAAUUCUUAUAUAAUAUACUUUUUUCUCUAUGCCAUUAA